AGCCGCGAAGCAUCGGAGCGUCCAAUUAGCUGACACUUCACGCUUUGACCUCUCUCUCUCUCUCUCUCUCUCUCUCUCUUCCCCCCACCCACGGGGAAUCAAUGUGGGGUUCGUCGUAUAUAAAACUCUCAUCCCCGAGAGAACUUUAUUUCUUGAGGAAACAAAUUUAUUAAUUACAUUCUCUUUGUUGUUGCUGGAUUCAUCAUGAGGAGAAACGGCAGAGGUUUCAAGCUGCUGGGAAGAAGACUGGCCAAGGCCUUCAGAUGGGGCCUUCACAGUUACAGGCGAAACAAGCCCGCAAUCGCAAAUUACCAAACCCCCGGACCAUCUGGAACUGGUGUCGUUCGCUGAAGCGGGGUUGUUUUGCUGAGUCCAAGCCCAGUUACAUCCGGGUAGGCCGUGGCGAGAUUGAGGCCGGCCGGUGGGAAGUGCCGAAGGGGCACCUGGCGGUGUACGUCGGCGAGAGAGAGGACGAUCCGCGUAGGUGUUUGGUGCCCGUGAUUUACUUCAACCACCCGCUUUUUGAGAAUUUGUUGAGGGAGGCCGAGGCCGAAUACGGUUUCAACCACCUGGGUGGGAUCCAGAUUCCCUGCGGGCUAUCCGAGUUCAAGAACGUCCAAACGCGAAUUGCCGCCGCAGACGGCCGAGCUGGAGGUUGCGGCCCUAACGGAAUCGGGAAUUUAAAGACAUGUUUUAGUUGUAGUUGGGGCCUUAGAGAAUUCGAGGUGUAAUUGUCUUUUCCUACAACCCACUUAUUACUUACUUUCUUUUUGCAUUUCCCCUGGCCCAUUUACUUAUUUAUUGUAAACCUAAUGGAAAAUAAAUAAGACCUUUAUUUAGAAGAA